CUUGUGACCAUCUUCCUUCGAAAGCUAGAAAUUAAUAAAGGGAUUCUUUUCUUAACUUCGACUCGGGGUGUCCAGUUUGAUGAUGCAAUUUUCAGCCGGAUUCAAUUGACCAUAAGGUAUGAGAAUUUAACGAGGGAGUUUCGCAGAGCUGUCUGGUCAACUUUUCCGUCCACGACAUGUACGAUACAAGGACCUGCCGUUGUUCAGGAGCAGAGCCGA